UGUUACUGUUACCUUAUGUUUUACUUUGCUGGUUUUUUUUUUUCAGAUCCAGUUCCAGCUUUGGAUUUAGGACAGCAGCUUCAGCUGAAGGUUCAACGUAUGCACGAUAUUGAAACAGAGAACCAGAAACUUAGGGAAACUCUAGAGGAAUACAACAAAGAAUUUGCCGAGGUGAAAAAUCAGGAGGUUACAAUAAAAGCACUUAAGGAGAAAAUCCGAGAAUAUGAACAGACCCUGAAGAACCAAGCUGAGAACAUAGCUCUGGAAAAAGAACAAAAAUUACAAAAUGAUUUCGCAGAGAAGGAGAGAAAAUUGCAGGAGACACAGAUGUCGACAGCCUCGAAGCUGGAAGAAGCCGAACACAAAGUUCAAGCUUUGCAAACAGCCCUGGAAAAAACCAGAACAGAACUGUUUGAUCUGAAAACAAAAUACGAUGAAGAAACUACUGCAAAGGCUGAUGAAAUCGAGAUGAUCAUGACAGACCUUGAAAGAGCAAAUCAGAGGGCAGAGGUGGCUCAGAGAGAGGCAGAGACCUUAAGGGAGCAGCUCUCGUCAGCUAACAAAUCUCUCCAACUCGCUACACAGAUCCAGAAGGCACCUGAUGUGGAGCAGGCCAUCGAGGUGCUGACACGGUCCAGCCUGGAAGUAGAACUGGCUGCGAAGGAGAGGGAGAUUGCCCAGCUCGUAGAAGAUGUCCAGAGACUCCAGGGCAGCCUCACCAAGCUGCGAGAGAACUCCAGCAGCCAGAUCUCCCAGCUGGAGCAGCAGCUGACCGCCAAGAACAGCACGCUUAAACAACUGGAAGAAAAACUGAAAGGACAGGCUGAUUAUGAAGAGGUUAAGAAAGAAUUAAAUAUAUUGAAAUCCAUGGAGUUUGCACCACCUGAAAGCUCUGGUGCGCAGGAUGCAUCGAAACCGCUGGAGGUGCUGCUGCUGGAGAAGAACCGCUCGCUGCAGUCCGAGAACGCCACGCUGCGAAUCACAAACAGUGACCUGAGUGGGUCAGCCAGGAGAAAAGGGAAAGACCAGCCUGAGAGUCAGCGUCCUGCAACCUUGCCGGCUUCCCCUCCUUCUCAGUUGCUCCGCAACGCGGGGGAGCAGGCUUCCAAUACUAAUGGUACACACCAGUUCUCACCAACGGGUUUAAGUCAAGACUUUUUCAGCUCAUCCCUGGCAAGCCCCAGCUUACCCCUGGCCUCCACAGGAAAAUUUGCACUAAACUCUCUCCUCCAGCGACAGCUAAUGCAGUCCUUCUACUCCAAGGCAAUGCAGGAAGCAGGAAGCACAAGCAUGAUUUUUUCAACAGGUCCUUACAGCACAAACUCCAUCUCUUCCCAAAGUCCAUUACAACAAAGUCCGGAUGUAAAUGGCAUGGCCCCAUCUCCCAGCCAGUCAGAAAGUGCUGGGAGCAUCUCCGAAGGCGAGGAGAUAGACACAGCCGAAAUUGCACGUCAGGUGAAAGAGCAGUUGAUCAAGCACAAUAUUGGACAGCGGAUAUUUGGACAUUAUGUGUUGGGACUGUCGCAAGGGUCUGUGAGUGAGAUACUAGCCCGGCCAAAGCCAUGGAAUAAACUGACUGUGAGAGGCAAGGAGCCAUUUCAUAAGAUGAAGCAGUUCCUGUCGGACGAGCAGAACAUCCUGGCUCUUCGCAGCAUCCAGGGUAGACAAAGAGAGAAUCCAGGCCAGAACCUGAACAGACUAUUUCAGGAAGUACCGAAACGAAGAAAUGGGUCUGAAGGUAAUAUAACCACACGAAUCCGAACCACAGAGACUGGCUCUGAUGAAGCCAUCAAAUCCAUUCUUGAACAAGCCAAAAGGGAGCUGCAAGUACAGAAAACAGCUGAGCCGGCUCAGCCGCCUUCUGCAUCUAGCAGUGGCAAUUCUGAUGAUGCUAUUCGAUCCAUUCUGCAACAAGCCCGACGUGAAAUGGAGGCACAGCAGGCUGCUCUUGAUCCUGCCUUAAAAACAACACCUUUGUCUCAAGCUGACAUUUCUAUCCUGUCCCCCAAACUAGUAUCUACAUCUGCAAUGUCUUCAGUUUCCAGCUAUCCUCCUUUGGCCAUAUCCCUGAAGAAACAUUCAUCUGUUACUGAUUCCAGUAUCUCUGCAUUGCAGAACCUCUCUGGGCUCAAAAAGGAGCCGCAGGAGGCGCCUGUUUUAGAGCUUCAUGGAAUAAGUGAUUCUGCCCAGGGUAUGUUGAGGCAUGUUAAAAAUGAGUUGGGACGUGGUGGUGUUUGGAAAGACCAUUGGUGGAAUACUGUGCAGCAUGAGAGAAGAAAUACAGCUCUUCCCGAAGAUAUAAAAGUUGAGGAAGCCAGUGGUGGAAAAGAAAAGGUCAGCAAUCAGACAGGCCAGAUCGUAGCCAGCUCCAAGGACCAUCUUCUUCAGAGUAUUGGAAAGAGUGGCCAAACGCUGAAUCUCCGUACGCAGAGUUCUGAAUUGAGCAUGACUGGGGCGAGUCGCAGUGAGACGCCACAGAAUAGCCCCCUCCCUUCAUCCCCUAUCGUGUCCUUGUCCAAGCCAUCCAAACCUUCAGUUCCUCCUCUGACACCUGAGCAGUAUGAGAUUUAUAUGUACCAGGAAGUGGAUACGAUAGAACUAACGCGGCAGGUCAAAGAAAAGCUAGCAAAGAAUGGCAUCUGCCAAAGGAUCUUUGGGGAAAAGGUAUUGGGGCUGUCCCAAGGAAGUGUCAGUGACAUGCUCUCCAGGCCAAAGCCAUGGAGUAAAUUGACACAAAAAGGCCGAGAACCAUUUAUUCGUAUGCAGCUCUGGUUGAAUGGUGAGCUGGGACAGUGUGUCCUGCCCGCACAAGGGCAGCAACAAGGACAAGUCCUUCACUCUGUGACAUCAUUACAGGAUUCCCUACAGCAGGGAUGUGCAAGCUCAGAAAGCACUCCAAAGACUUCUGCCAGUUGCAGUCCCGCUCCCGAAUCUCCCAUGAGUUCCAGCGAAUCGGUAAAAAGCCUGACAGAAUUGGUACAGCAGCCCUGUCCUUCGAUAGAGACCAGUAAGGAUGGCAAAUCCCAGGAGCCCAGCGAGCCGCUUGCUUCAGAAUCCCAGUCCACAACCCCUUUGCCACUGUCGGGCCACUCAGCACUCAGCAUCCAGGAGCUGGUUGCUAUGUCCCCGGAGCUGGAUACGUAUGGCAUUACAAAAAGGGUCAAGGAAGUGCUAACGGACAACAAUCUUGGUCAGCGUUUGUUUGGGGAGACAAUCCUGGGGCUGACACAAGGCUCUGUCUCAGACCUGCUGGCUCGCCCGAAGCCCUGGCACAAGCUGAGUCUGAAGGGCCGGGAGCCCUUUGUCCGCAUGCAGCUGUGGCUGAACGAUCCCAACAACGUGGAGAAGCUGAUGGAUAUGAAACGAAUGGAGAAAAAAGCCUACAUGAAGCGGCGACACAGCUCCGUGAGCGACAGUCAGUCGUGUGAGUCCUCCUCCACUGGAAUCGACUACAGCCAGGGUGCCAGCCCACAGCCACAGCACCAGCUGAAGAAGCCCCGGGUGGUGCUGGCACCAGAAGAGAAGGAAGCUCUGAAACGAGCCUACCAGCAAAAGCCAUACCCAUCACCAAAAACCAUUGAGGAACUGGCUACGCAGCUCAACUUGAAAACCAGCACCGUGAUCAACUGGUUCCACAAUUACAGGUCUCGCAUCCGCCGGGAGCUGUUCAUCGAGGAGAUCCAAGCGGGAAGCCAGAACCAGGCCGGGUCGAGCGAUUCUCCUUCGGCACGAAGCAGCAGAGCAGCCCACGGCUCGGAGGGAGACAGCUGCGACGGCGUGGACGCGGAGGGCCCACCUGAAGGAAAGCCGAGCGGGGCGGAGGCGGACGAGUACAGCAAUGCAACCACAAAGUCUCAGGGAGGGCAAGCGGAGUCGGCUCUGGAGGCGGGGGAAGAGGCAGCGCCGGGCGCCCGGUGA